CGCCCGUGCUCUUUCUCUCCGGUGAGAUAAGUCGUGAGUGGUGGUGGCGUGUCUGGCACCGAGAAAGCCGGUAAAUACGGUGGAAAAUGGAAGACAUUUUGACGCUUUUCACCUCUAUUGGACUUACUGAGCAGAAGGCGAAAGAAACUGUGAAGAAUGAAGCGCUGAGUGGUGCUCUCAAGGAAGCCAUUGGUCAGGCACAGCAAGUACAUGGAGGGUCUGGGGUGGACAAAGCCAUGGGCACCUUGCUCUACAGCAUGGCUUCUCGCCUCAAAGAUGGAAAACGCCUGUCAUUCCUCACUGACAUGAUUGCCCAUCGUAAAAUCAACACAGAGUUGCAACUGGCAGCGGCCUUGGAGUAUGUGAAGAGCCACCCCAAUGAUCCAAUUAACCAGAAGGAGUUUGAAGAUGACUGUGGAGUGGGCGUGGUCAUAACACCAGAGCAAAUUGAGGAAGCUGUGGAGUCUGUUAUUAAGAAGCACAAGGAAAAGCUUUUAAAGGAGAGGUACCGCUUCAAUAUGGGACUGCUGAUGGGGGCUGCUCGAGCUGCUCUUAAAUGGGCAGAUGGAAAAGUAAUCAAAAAUGAGGUUGACAUGCAGGUGCUCCAUCUCCUGGGACCCAAGACAGAAUCUGACCUUGAGAAGAAACCAAAGGCACCUAAAACUAAAUCUGACAAUGAGGUGAAAGUAAAGAAAGAGGAGGUUGCUGUAAAUGGUGAAGCACCAUAUGAAGGCAAAUCUCUCAUGGAGCAGUUGAGAGGAGAAGCCCUCAAAUUCCACAAACCAGGCGAGAACUAUACGACUGAAGGUUAUGUGGUUACUCCUAAUACAAUGGCCCUUUUGAAAAAGCAUCUGGAAUAUACAGGUGGACAGAUUCGUACCCGCUUCCCACCAGAGCCCAAUGGUAUUCUUCAUAUUGGACAUGCUAAAGCUAUCAACUUUAACUUUGGGUAUGCCAAGGCCAACAAUGGAAUCUGCUUCUUAAGAUAUGAUGAUACAAAUCCUGAAAAAGAAGAGGAAAAAUACUUUACUGCCAUAAAGGACAUGGUUGAAUGGCUAGGGUACAAACCAUAUGAAGUGACGCAUGCUUCUGACAACUUUCAGAAACUGUAUGACCUUGCUGUGGAGCUUAUUCGCAGAGGCCAUGCAUACAUUUGCCACCAGAAAGGUGAGGAGCUUAAGGGUCACAAUCCUCCUCCAUCUCCGUGGCGAGACCGUCCCAUUGAGGAAUCUCUGGUUUUGUUUGAGCGGAUGAAGAAGGGGCUGUUUGCAGAGGGAGAGGCUACACUCAGAAUGAAGAUGGUGAUGGAGGACGGAAAGAUGGACCCAGUUGCCUACAGAAUAAAAUACACGCCACAUCACAGAACCGGAGACGAAUGGUGCAUCUAUCCCACUUAUGACUACACUCACUGUCUGUGUGAUUCUAUUGAAAAUAUUACACACUCUCUCUGUACCAAAGAGUUUCAAGCGAGACGUUCUUCGUAUUACUGGCUAUGUAAUGCUCUGGAUGUGUACUGCCCUGUGCAGUGGGAGUAUGGCCGUCUAAACCUCACAUACACUGUUGUGUCCAAGAGGAAAAUUAUUAAGCUGGUGGAAACUGGAGCAGUCAGAGACUGGGAUGAUCCUCGUCUCUUCACUUUGACCGCUUUGAGGCGGAGAGGUUUCCCACCAGAAGCGAUAAAUAACUUCUGUGCGCGGGUUGGAGUAACUGUUUCUCAGACGACGACUGAGCCCCACCUGCUGGAGUCCUGUGUGCGUGAUGUGUUAAAUGAGACCGCACCACGAGCGAUGGCUGUGCUUGAGCCUCUCAAAGUCACCAUAACCAAUCUGCCUGAAGAUUUUAGGUUGGAUGUGACUGUACCAGACUUUCCUGCAAAUGAGGCCAAAGGCAGCCACAAAGUGCCCUUUACAAGAACGAUCUACAUCGAGCAGAGUGACUUUAGAGAGGUUAUGGAGAAGGGUUAUAAACGUUUAACACCGGACCAACCAGUAGGCCUAAGGCAUGCAGGAUACAUCAUAUAUGCUCAGAAGAUCAUCAAGGAUGCUCAGGGAAACAUUGUUGAGCUGGAGGUGACCUGCUGCAGUUCGACCUCAGUGGAGGCAAAUCAAAAACCCAAGGCUUUUAUUCACUGGGUCAGUGAGCCCCUGGCGUGUGAAGUCCGCCUCUACGAGAGACUGUUUUUACACAAACAUCCAGAAGAUAGUUCUGAGGUACCCGGUGGUUUCCUGAGUGAUAUAAACCCUAACUCCCUGCAAACUAUCAGCAGUGCCUUCAUAGAUACCUCGGUGAAGGGUGCAAAAGUAUUUGACAAAUUUCAAUUUGAGAGAGUUGGGUAUUUCUCGCUAGAUCCUGACAGCACAGCCGACAAGCUUGUCUUCAACAGAACAGUUACCCUUAAAGAAGACCCAGGAAAGAUAUGAAUAACUGAGAUGAAGCCAUAUACCACUGCCUUCCUCGAGCCUACGGUUAACAUAGAGAUUGCUACUAAAUAUGUAACAUUGGACCACCAUGUCUGAAUAAGCAUUUUUUAAAUAAAUAAUGCUGUUAACUUUGAAA